GGCUGGGAUUAGAACAUUUCACUGUGGAUUAAAUUCUUUUGCUGCAAGGAGGAGAGAGUCGCACCACCAGAACCACUCUGGACUCAGGUGUCCCAAUACCUUUGUCGGUUGAGGUUCCAGAAUGGUCCAGCCGAGCGGGCCCCCGAGCCGGCGAGCCCGCCUGGUCACCAAAGACGGGCGCUGCAACAUCGAGUUGGGCAACUUGGAGUCGGGCAACCACCUGGCCUACCUGGUGGACUUCUGGACCACCUUCGUGGAGAUCCGCUGGCGCUUCGUGCUCCUGCUGUUCGUGGCGUCCUUCACGGGCAGCUGGUUCGUGUUCAGCCUGCUGUGGUACUGGAUCGCCAAGAGCAACGGGGACCUGGCGGCGCCGGGCGGCGUGGACGGCCACGUCAUGUGCGUCGCCAACGUCAACAGCCUGACCACCGCCUUCCUCUACUCGCUGGAGACGCAGACCACCAUUGGCUACGGCGGCCGGGCGCUGACGGGGCAGUGCCCCGGCACGGUGGCGGUCAUCGUGCUGCAGUCGGUGGCGGGCGUGUUCAUCAACAGCUUCAUGUGCGGCGUCAUCCUGGCCAAGAUCUCGCUGCCCAAGCGGCGAGCCAAGACGGUGAGCUUCAGCCAGGUGGCCGUCAUCUGCCUCCUGAAAGGGAAGCUGUGCCUCCUGAUCCGCGUGGCCAACCUCCGCAAGACCCUGCUCAUCGGCAGCCAGAUCUACGGCAAGCUCCUAAGGACCACCACCACGCCCGACGGCGAGACCUUCAUCCUGGACCAGCUGGACAUCGCCUUCACGGUGGACUCCGGCAAGGACAACCUGUUCUUCGUUUGCCCGCUGACGCUCUACCACGCCAUCGAGCGCUCCAGUCCCUUCUACGAGCUGUCGGCCGACACCCUCGCCCAGCAGGACUUCGAGCUGGUGGUCUUCCUGGACGGCAUCUCAGAGUCCACCAGCUCCUCCUGCCAGGUGCGCACCUCCUACACGCCGCAGGAGAUCCGGUGGGGGCACAACUUCCUGCCCAUCAUCUCCCGCACCAGGACCGGCAAGUACUGCGUGGACUUCUCCAACUUCUCCAAAAGUGUGCGGGUGGACACUCCGCACUGCGCCCGCUGCUUCGACGGCAACGUGGACCUGCCGAACAGGAAGCGGCACACGGAGAAGAUGGGCGUCGACAACCUGGGCUUCCACGUCAUCGACAUUCACGACAGCGUGGACGUCACCAAGAUGUGAGGAGGGCUACGCGUUUUUUCGAAAGAACGCUAAAGAUCGUCUGUUCCGGGGUCAAACUGUAAAAAGAAGUAAAGCUCUGUGGAAAUAAAAUUAAAAAAAAGA